AAAAAACAAAAAACAAGGGCUGGUACUGGGGUGCUGGCCUAGUGUGCACAAAGCCCUGGGUUCCAUCCCCAACACCGAAGCAACCCAGUGUGGGGGUGCAGGCCUGUCUGACCCUGAAGCCUGUGGGAUUGUUUUGUUUUGCUUUUUUGUGUGUGACAGGGCCUCAUGUAGCCCAGGCUAGCCUUAAACUUACUAUGUGGCUGAGGAUAACUGAACUCCUGAUCCAUCCAUGACAGGCAUAUGCCACCAGGCCCUGCCUUCUUUUGGUUCUUGUUUCCAUUUCGUUUUUUUUUUUUUUUUUUUCUGAGAGAGGGUUGCACUCUGUAGCCUAGGCUAGCCUAGAACUCACUGUCCUCCCGCUUCAGCCUUCUGGGUGCUGUGACAUGCCCAGCUGAUUUGAGUUUUUCUCCCAUUUUUUUUGUUAACCCCUUUGACCUGAUUCUUAUGCCUCUGGAACCUCAUCCCAGGGAUAAAGCCCUUCCCUCUCCUGUGUGCUCUGUUGCCUCUAUGUAAGAACACAUAUUGUUAACCCUCAGGGAAAAACAGGCAGGUUCAGGCAGAACAACCAGGCUGCCCUGCACACAUUUGCUCAUAGCCAUUUCCUUCCUCGUGGUGCCCGCCUUUGUGCUGUUUCCUCUACCUUGAAUCCUUUUCCUAUUUCCAGUCCUCCCUUGACACUCAGGCUUUGCUUUAAUAGCAUCUUCCCAGAGAGGCCUUCUCUGACCUAAUUCCUCCCAUCUGGUCCCUGCCCUCCACUGUGGUAGGGUCUCCCUGUAGUGCCAGUUAGCCUGGAACUUGCUAUGUAGACCAGGCUGGCCUCAAUCUUACAGAGAUCUGCCUGCCUCUGCCUGGGAUUAAAGGCAGGCACCACCAUUCCCAGCCUUGUUUUUUUGAGGCACCCUCUCACAUAGCCUAGACUAGCUUUUGUGAUCCUCCUGCCUCAGCCUCUCCAGUGCUGACCUAUAUGCACCACCAUGCCAGGAUCCAGUGUUUUCUCUGACUACCUUAUUAGUGGGAAUUUUGUCUUGGCCUUGUCACCGGUGUCUGACACACCCUGGGACCCUGGAAGCCAGCCAGGGGCCUCUGGCACAAGUAGGCCCAAUACCUGGGGAUACCUGUUUGGUCAGUUUCCUUUUCAUAACCCAAGAGAAUCUAUUUUGUAAAAUCCUGGUUUCUAUGCCGUCAAAGGCACUUUAUUUCUGUUAGAGGAGCUAGAGGGGUCCCUGUGCCCUCCUGUACCCCACCUGCUCAGUAUCUAUGGGGUUUGCUGGUCUCCAGUGCAGGAAUUCUUUUUAGAGCCACACAGGGGGAAGGCUAGGGCUGUUUGAGCCAGAAAGGACCCCCGGAUGUCCACAGCCCUCUGGAUGUUAGUGUCAAACGAAAACCUUCAACCCAUGGACGGAGGCCCCAUUUUGUCCUCCCACUGGGUGACUAGGGUAGAACUGUUUGUACAAGGGGGAAAGGCAACAGGUUGGGUGUCAGAAAUAAACCAGAUGAUUGCUCCAGCUGGCUCUGUCAUCCUAUCCUGAGAACAGGAGAGGCUGCUCUGUUGUCCGUGGCCCAUGCUGGACCACUGGGCCUGUGAGUUUGUCCAGGGAGCUGAGGUCAUGCUCCCUAGGUACACACUGGCUCUGACCUUCCAUCACCUGCAUUGCUUCCUCAGUUGGGGAAACUGAGGCCCAGGGAUGUGAAAGGAAACCAGUCUACCAGUACAUAUCCAAAACCACUUCCAGUUUGGGGGUGACUGGAGCCAGAAUGGAUACUGUGACCACCACCAUGGAGAAGCUUCGUGCACAGUGUCUGUCCCGAGGGGCCUCAGGCAUCCAGGGUCUGGCCAGGUUUUUUCGCCGCAUGGACAGGGAUAGGAGGCAGUCCCUGGAUGCGGGGGAGCUGCAGCGGGGCCUGGCCCAGCUGGGCCUGGAUGUGGAUGAGGUGGAGGCCAAGGCCAUGUGUGGACGUUGGGACCGUGAUGGCAAUGGGACACUGGACCUGGAGGAGUUCCUGCAGGCGCUGCAGCCCCCCAUGUCGCAGGCCUGGGAGGCUGUGAUUGCAGCUGCCUUUGCCAAGGUAGAUCGGACGGGGGACGGUGUAGUGACUGUGGAUGACCUCCGAGGGGCGUAUAGUGGCUGGGCCCACCCCAAGGUUCGCAGUGGGGAGUGGACGGAGGACAAGGCCCUCCGCAGCUUCCUUGAUACCUUUGAUAUGUCUGACCAGGACGGGCAGGUCACACUGGCUGAAUUCCGGGAUUACUACAGUGGCCUCAGUGCCUCAGUGGACACAGAUGAGGAGUUCGUGACUAUGGUGACCAGCGCAUGGCGCCUGUGACUGUGGCAAUCCUUGCCUGCAUGCAGAUGCCUGUAGCUUAGUUCCCUGCCCUGCCUAGCAGAGCCAGGACUGUGCCAGCAUGUUCCCUGGGGACAUGGGGAGGGAAGAUGUGAGGUUAAAGAACCAGCAGGACCAGGUCUGCAGAGCCACCUGGGACAAAGGCUGGCAUGGUCACCUAGACAGCAGGGACGAGGGGCCUCCCUGGCCAUACCUAGCUCCGCCCUGUGUUGAUGGCAAGGGACAUUUGUCCAGCUGUGAGGGACAGGAUAGGGCAGCUGUCCAGGUGGUGCUCCUUGAGGCCCCAGGUGUGGAGGCGGCCAGCUUUAGUUAAAAGUUUUAAUGUAGUUCCCAAAUACAUUUCUUAUGACAAUCUUACAUAAAUGUUCCAAAACACGC